CGCCGAGCCUCGCGUCAGUCCUCCUGUGUGAGUGAGGGAGAGACCGCGGCGUAGCAGUGAGCGCAGGCCGGGCAGAGGCGCGCUGUGAGCGGGGAAGGCUCUCUCUGUGCUCCCGCGGCGUCAUGGCGGCUCCGCUGGCUCAGUUCGACGAAGACUGGCAGGAGUUUAACGAGUUCAAGGCGGCCGAAGCGGACUUCUCCGCGGACGCGCUGGACCGGCUGAACUCGAACGCGGGCGACGCGGGCCUGGAGGAGCUGUCCGACCUGGAGCGCAGCUUCUCCGGGGAGAUCUGCAGCUUCAAGUCCAUGGAGGACCUGGUCCACGACUUCGACGAGAAGCUGACCGUGUGCUUCAGGAACUACAGCGCCACGACCGAGAACAUCGCGCCGGUGAAGCCCAUCAGCGAGGAGAACUUCCUGAAGGACGAUGAGAUAUGGAACGCUCUGACGGAUAAUUAUGGGAAUGUGAUGCCGGUGGACUGGAAGACGUCUCACACUCGUUCUCUUCAUCUUCCUACACUCAACCUCUGCCAGCAAACGAAGGUGGAUAAUAUAAAUCUGGAUCUGUCUGAUGAUGAAGAGCUGAGGGAGCAGAUGGAUCUGCACUCCAUCAUCGUCUCCUGCGUUAACGAGGAGCCGCUGUUCACCGCAGAGCAGGUGAUCGAGGAGAUUGAGGAGAUGAUGCAGGAGUCUCCUGACCCCGAGGCCGAGGAGAGUCCGUCCCAGUCGGACCUGUCCAUGCUCUCUCACGAGCUGCACUCGCUCUCCCACUCCACCUCCACCAGCAGCUACGAAGAGCGUCUGCGUGGGCUGGGGAUGUGUGAGCUGGAGGAGCUGCUGGAGGAGGUGGAGAGGGAGAUCCGCCGCUACUCGGAGGAGCUGAUCGAGCAGCUGGCUCUGAGGGACGAGCUGGACUUCGAGAAAGAGGUGAAAAACGGCUUCAUCUCCAUCCUCAUCGACGUGCAGAACAGACAGAAGGAGCACAGAGAGAUGAUGAAGAGGAGGAGGAAGGUGAAGAGCACCGUGGGGACGCAGAGGAACGAGCGCUCACACCUGCCUGGAACUCUCUUCAGUAUGGAAGGUUUUUCCACUGUAAUUCAGAACAGCCUCCGUCAGACAUUCGGGGGCUCCGGAGGGGACAGACAGUAUCUGACCACAGUGAUUCCCUAUGAUAAGAAGAAUGGAGCUCCAUCAGUGGAGGAUCUGCAGAUCUUAACCAAGAUUUUACACGCCAUGAGGGACGACAGUGAGAAAGUUCCCAGCCUGCUGACCGAUUACAUCCUCAAAGCAUUGGUGUGAGACGGAGAGAGGAGACGGAGUUUUGUGUCCCACAUAGACGCAGCAGAACCUUCCCGAAGGAUCCAGCGUGUGGGAUUGCGUGGUUCUGGACUGAGGCAGUUUCUUCUUCUUCUUCUUCUACCGUUCUUCCUUCUCCUUCACAUCAGCCAGAGAUUCUCCUAACAGCUCCUGGUUUAUGUAUCCGGCUGUGUUUUAACGGACUAGUGUGCGGUUCUCGUUAUUUUUCCUGUAUAUUCUGUAGGUCUCGUCGUGCUUAGCCGGUGAACGGUGAGCGGUGGGGGUUUUGCUGAGUCCGUGUGGCUCAGCGUGGUGGGAGCUGGUAUGAAGCUGCAUGCCGUGCAUGGGUUUCAUAUUUACAUGUUUGUUUAUCCUCGGUCUGACUUCCCGUUGGGCGACGCCCUCCAGAACCGAGUAACAGAGAGCAGACUGCAGCCAAUCGGGAAGCGUCAAGCUGAACUGAUGCUAAUACUCACACGUCACCUGUAAACAAGCAUGACGUAGCCUAGCGUAGCCUAGCGCAGCUAUAGCCUUAGUGUAAUGAAUAUUUCAUAGCAAUAUCGAGGAUGUUUUCCCUUUUAAAGCGGUAGUUUGGCAGAACACUGACUCUCUUGCUCCUUAGGCCAGAGGUUUUCCAUCAGCCGUUUCCUGCUUGGUGUCUAGCGUCUGCUAGGCUAAAGUAGCUACAGAAUGGAAGGUUAGCCCAGCGGUAGCGCCGGCAGUAGCCGUAUGUUGUAUAGUGUCAUAAUCAGGUCUGUUUGAGAUUAUCUAUUAUGUCCCGGCUGAGUUUUUUUGCCAAACUGUCGCUUUAAAACUACUGCGUUUUCCUGAGUGAUCAGGUGUUUCAUAUGAAAGUAGUGGCGGGGAGGCCGGCGCACGCUGCGUACUAAAGGAAUCGUGUUUUAGCUGAUUAGCUUUGAUCUUUUGUAUUAAACAAUGACAUUUCAGAGAUUUGUAGUUUUGAUAAUAUAACUUGCCACAAAAAAAACAAACAAACCAACAAACAAAUUUCCAAAAAAAAGCGUCUUGGGCUGCGUUCACACAGCUGGUACAAGAGGCCCGGAUCGGGUCUUCUCACCAAAUCCGAUUUGUUUGUUUGGCUGUUCAGAUUAUCUUCUGAAUGUGGUCUGUAUGAGAGGUCAGUCUGAACAGAUCAGCUCCUAAACCGACCCGCAUGCGCAAAGGAACAGAGCUUCACGCGGCUCGUCCAGAGGUAAACAAUCACAACUGCCAACGAACGCCUGGCGCUCCCAGAGCUUCAGUGUCGUCUUCACCAGCAUCGCAGAAGCAAUUAUGAAGUCCCGGUGUUUGACAGCUGGACUCACCCAGAGUGCGUUUGAGUUCGCCAUGAAAAGGGCCCGGUAUUCGGCCACCGCCACUUCUUUAGUUUGUGUCCUCAGAUUCUUUUAAGCCGCAGCCUCGGUUUGGUUCGAAACCUCUCCGAACCCGGAGCCGCUGUGGUGAGUCUCCUCGAUUUUUUUUUUUUUUUUUUUUUUUUUUUUUUUUUUUUUGGUACAGAAACAUCAGCCUAAAUAUUUCUGAGCAGUGCGAAAUGAUGACCAAUGUCGAGUUGGACUGACGUAAAAGUCGCAUGAAUUCCGAUCUGGCCGUUCAGACCGAGUUUCAUCGCCACAGAUCGGAUACGGGUCGGAUUUCAGUGCCACAUAUGAAAGCACCUGAAAUCGGAAUUGAAAUCGUCAGAUUCGGUUUGUUUAUCUGUUCACACAGACACACAUCUGUGUUACAUAUGAGGGAAAAGAUCAGAUUUGGGCCUCUUCUACCUGCUGUGUCGUGUUAAGAUCAUCUUAUCCGGGAGAGAGAGCGUUCAGAGUGAUGCUCGCUCUACCGUUCAACAGUUGUUUGGGAAAGCCAGCCCAGAUAAGGAGGAGCCCGAGGCAGAAAGAGGAAAGUGCAGAGCUGGAUCUGCAGCUAGAACGUCUGUUUGUGGUUCACAUAUCAACCCAUAUUUAUUAACCCAUUCAUGUCCAGCAACUGAAUUUAGUGUGGGUUUAAAGUGCUGAAAUGUAGUGUAUUUAUACUUUAAAUAACAACAGGAAUUUUUAGAUUCAAAGCACCUUAUGGCUUGUGACUCACUCGGGUUCUCCACUAGGCGGCGCCAUUACCAGUCAAGCAGCUUCAGUGACCCGGAGUCUUUGUUCUGAUUACAUGAAGUUGUCGUAGUUCUAUCUGCAGUCAGUUUUUGAUUUUGUAAUGUUUUUUGUUAAUAAAAAUCAGUUUUUUAAUUCAAAGAGUUUGAUUAAUUGGAAGCAUUUCUUAAGGUCUGAUUGAUCAAAUGUGGAAGGUAAUUCAGCUUUUAGGAUAUGGACAUUAAUGGGUUAAUUGGGAAUUCCUUUUUUGUAAAUUGGGAUCCCCCCCACCCCCCCAGCUUAAUGUGUGUAUUUGUUCUUCUGUGAAUAGAACAGCUCAAAUCCGCAAAUCAUAAAUGAGGAAAAUAUGGUGGAAAUGUUUAGAGGAUUAUUUUCAGUGAAUAUUCCCCUUUAAUGAUCCCAAACGCUGAAUAGGAAGUGUGGAUUUCGGCUGAUGAAGUCAUGCUUAUUGCCGAGUCAGUCGGUGGGCCGCGUCGUUAAAGAAGGCCUGUUUAUUUGGAGAUCCUGACUGCGAGGCUGUGUGGUCAGUGAGGUGCUGGUACAGGGGAGGUCAGUGGGUGUAAGGUGAAGAACUACUGGAGAUGUUUUUCAGCCUGAUCUCUGUCUGCUGCUUCUCUACUGUACAGUUAACUGACCCGGACAGUCAUUUCAACACGUUUCCCUCGACUUAAAGAGCAGAAAACCUGUUCGCUCAAAAUGUUUGAAAAGGAAGCCAGUGGGCAGGUGCUUGACAUCUGUUCAUAGUUGAAGUCAGUUUAUUUGAAACCUAGUUAUAUUACAAGCCAGCGGGCAGUUGCUUGAAACCUAGUUAUAUUACAAGCCAGUGGGCAGUUGCUUGAAACCUAGUUAUAUUACAAGCCAGUGGGCAGUUGCUUGAAACCUAGUUAUAUUACAAGCCAGCGGGCAGUUGCUUGAAACCUAGUUAUAU